AUGAUUAGGCAGAAAACUUCAUGUCUGAUACUAUGUGUGUGGCUACUAUCGAUUUUGUCAAUUCAUGCUCAAAUAGAUCGCCAGUUAUGUCCUAAUGGUGCUAUCACCAUUCGUGAUCCAAAAUGGCCAAAUAUAUCACCUAGUUUCGAACUUUUUGCUGAACUGACUAGCAAGGGUGGAACAUCAGAAAUAAUACAAACACUUGGUAAUCAACGAGACGCUAUCAUACAGACUUCAAAUGGAGAGAUCAUCUUUGAAUACUGGUAUUUCGAUACUAACGAACGACUCACCAUUUUAAACGGCGACACCAAUGAACAAAGUCAAUCUGUUUGCCUUCGUCAAGAGAUUGAUCCUCUUACAGUCACUUCGACGAUUGAAUCAGCAGUUUUUGUCAAGCCUUCUGUUCUUCUCGGAUACGAUGCUCGAGAUAUGAACAAUCCAAAUUUUGGUGCAAAAUUCAUCGGACCAUCUCAACUAAAGUUUAUGCCUGUAAAUAUUUUUGAAUCAUGCUUUUAUUUAAAUGAUUCGCGUGAAACGGUAGCUGUCACCUAUUACAUGAGUGAUAUUGAAAAAUAUCCGACUUUUGGUUAUUUAAAUGAUAGCAUUCCGUUGCGCAUUGAAGUUCGAACAAAAUCAGCCGCCAAUGGCAACGAAGGAACCUAUUUCUACAAUAUCUUUCGAUUUCUAUCCAAUCUAACAGUAGAACGGGAACAGCAUGCAUUAUCAUUACCAGCAGGUGUCGUGUGUUCGAAUCAAACCAACACGAAAUCUAUUCCUGGAAAUUUUUCUGAGCACAUCUCAAUAAAUGGAGAAGUUCUUUUGUCAUUCGGAAACAAGCUGGCUGUCGAAAGUUUUGAUACCAUCUAUGAUCAAUCGCUUCAAUUCGCUCGAUUUAAAUCGUUGCUGAGUAACGGUGAACAGACAAUUGAAUUGCACGAUUUUGCCACUGGCUUAGUGUAUCAUUAUCUGACAUCAACACGACAAUGUCAAGUGUGGAAGAUCAAUUCUACUAUUAGCGAUGCAGCCCCAAUACCAGGGCAAUCACAGAUUUUUCAAAUGGCAAAGCCAUUGCAUUUAUUUCUUUUGGAUGAUAUGAACUUUCAAUAUGUAGGAUCGAGAAAAUGUCACAAUCGAAUGCUAUGUCAUGUGUGGAUUGGGGAAAAUUUACUUCCGGAUCAAUCGGAAUUCGAACAGCGUGAAUGGUACUGGGCUUAUCAAUUCAAUGGCCAGAAUAUUGAACCAUGGAUACCUACUCGUUUAGUCAGCACACGUUUCGAUGCACAGCAUAAGCAGACAUCACUUAUGGAAACUAAUCUAUACAAUUACCGUAGUGAUCCAUUUUCUCUAGUUGCAAUUGAUAAUACAAUUGCCGAUUGCUAUCGUGCUCUUGGACCUACAGAAAAGUUCCAUUAUGGCAUAUUCACAUUCGUUAUCAAUAAUCAAGAUGAGAAACCGGUGCAGAGCUAUUCUCAUUAUCUUAAACUAAUUAUAUGGGAUACACUCGCUGACCACCUGAAAAUUCGUCCCAUUCGGUUGUCAAAUGUAGUUAUUGAUCAAAACAAAACUGAUUUAAUUGUUACGUUCACCUUAGUGGAUAAUCCACCAUUAUAUGGUCCUGUGGCAAAUCCACUCCAGGAACCAUCGCUAGAUGCAGUAGUAAAAAAUUUACGAACUUUAAUCGACACAAAUAAUAUCAGUUUUGUUGUCGUCUAUGAUAAUACUGAAGGCGUUCGAUUGUAUCCUAAACCAGGUUCUUUAAAUGUCAUUGCACGUACUCCAACAAUCAUAAUCAUCAAUAAUAUUACGGAGAUUGUCUUCGAAAUAGUCACUAAUACGACAAAAGUGACUACACUGAUUUCAAAAGAACGCAACCGUGGAAGCAAAAUUACAGCACUCUGGAUCGGCUUUACCAUCUUGGGGCAAGAUACCGAAUGGAAUGGAGAUAAGAACAUAUGUAUACCUGAUGUAACACCAUCGUCCCCUAGUAAAUCACUACCGACACUUCCAAGCCAAGCUCAGUUUAUUAUGGAAACUGUUUCUUCAGUGAGAAUAAGUGAUACUACCGGAUAUCCUACUGUGAAUAUCAUUCAGUAUUUCUAUGAUUAUUAUGCAAAUAUGAUGAUGCUUCAAAAGAAUCAAUUAGGUUUUGUUGAACACGAAUAUUACUAUUACGAUCAAUUGAAAAAAAUGACUUAUUUUCCGCAGAAAUAUUGUGUAGUCACAGAUAUUCCGACGAAAAUCGAUAGCGAUAGUGGGUCGGCUGUUCAACUUUCUAAUGGAACCUACCAUAUUCGGCAGUUGUCAGAAUUGCUACAGUUCUUCAAUCCGAGUAUUCAGAAGCCACUCGUACCUAAAUAUAUGGGUCCUGGUACUUUUCGUGAUAUAGAUGUUGAUCAGUGGGAACUGUGCAUAGUCGACCAGACGACUAAACGAACAGAACAUCGAGUUUGGUACUUCAUUCAGCCAGAAUUUCAAACGAGUGUUGGUACGAUACCUAAUAUUUCUAUUCCGUUAGGAUACGCAAUGAAUACUUCGAUUGUUCCAAACGAUGGCUCACAAAACCUAGAAUUCAAUGAAAUUACCAGUAUAUAUUCUUUCAAGCCAACAAUUAUGGAAACGUCUGAUUUCUUCGCGCCUCCUCGAGGUACUUUCUGUCCGAAUUUGGUACCUGAACUCGUUAGUUUAUCAGACUUAGGCAUUGAAUGGCCGUUACGAUACACUAUCCGAAUCGAUGCCACAACAUCACGCGGUAUUCGUGCAAAUCCGUUACAUUUAACUGUCGAUAACAACCCGGACACUAAGCGAGCUCGCUUCGAUUACCUGAUUGAUAAUGAGAACAACUAUGAAACAGUUGUAAUCGACUAUCGAGAACAAAUCAAAUAUGUCAUUGAUAGAACACGCGGUUCGUGUCGAAUAGUUCAAGGUGUCGGUUGGCCUGAUGUUAAUCCUGAAUCAAAACCGAUUGAAUUCUUUCUCAAACUAAAAGAAACGAUGCUCGAUCAACCACCAAUCAAUGCUUGGCAAUACAGAGGAGUUCGACGUAAUUAUUCAUUAUUCUUCUUUUGA